CUAAUUAUUCUGCAGGAGUAUCUAUCCCAGUUGCCAGAAACAUAUAUAUUGCUUUCAUCCGCUCAGUGAUAGAUUAUCUUUCCCCUGCACUAUGUCAACUCUCCAGAUCAACUCUACAGCCGCUUGAAAAAUUCCAGAACCAAGCAAUGAGAUUCAUUCUAGGUUGUCCAGCAUCCACUAGAAUUGUAAACAUGCAACACGAACUCCGUCUCCCUCCACUCGUUGAGCGAAUAUACUCCAAUGUCACCUACUUCAGUAUCAGAUGCCUGUAUUACCCUCACCUGUCUCCUCACUAUUCAAACAUCAUCAGAACUUCUCUGGAUCUAGAUGCACCUCGUCCACAACUACGCCAGGGGGGACGUACACUAGUUAGUACUGUCUGUUCAAGCAUUCGGGGGCUUGACAUCAACAUCGUGGCAGAGAAUGUGGAUCAUGGCCUUGCACCCUGGCAGACUCCUGUGCCAGCAAUCUCUUACACUCCAGUCUCUAAGACUGACUUGCCUCAACUUCAACAACAACGUGCAUUGGAGACCAUCGACAGACUAUCCUCAUCCCUCAGUGUAGCCCAUCACCUCUACACAGACGGCUCCCUACAGCAGGAUGGCAGUGCUGGAUGUGCUGUUUUCUCCCCCACUUUGGAACCCCCGCCAGGGGGCUGGAUAGGCCGUCGCCUCCCAGAGUCAUCAAGCUCCACGUAUUGUGAACUACAUGGACUUCUAGAUGCAGUUAUUUUAAUCACACGGACCAGAAACAAUGGCUUGAUCAUCUGCGACUCGCAACCAGCACUCCAAGCCCUUUCAUCACAUAAGCCAGCAUACCAGCCCCUGGUUACACAAGUACAUAGGCAACUAGACAUGGCCAACAUGAGCUCACUGGUAGUGCACUUCCUAUGGAUUCCCUCUCACGUGGGUCUUCUGGCUAACAACACCGUUGACCAUCUCGCAAAGGCUGCCUGUCAGCUGGAUCCUCCAGAUGCUGAUGCUCCCAGUCCAUCUCUCUUGUGCUGCAGAAAAAUGGUGCGCCAAGCUGCUCGCUCACCUACUCAUCAUCGUAGUAAUGCCGAGAGAGCCACCAGUGUAUCAAUACAGCAUUAUGAUCACUUCUUUCCUCACCAACACAAGUAUCGCCGCAGAGGACUCAUGGUUCGUCAAAAUAACGUUGUUUGUGCGCGUCUUCGGCUGGGUUGGCGACCAGUUUGGCAGGUGGCUGAGCAAGAUGAAGUUCCUCACUUCUCCUCCUGUAGGUUAUGUGACGCACCCAACGCCAACACCCUGGAACACUAUUGCCUGGAAUGUCCACUUGUUAGUGACAUAUUACCCCAAAGACUCACAGUAGUUGAUAUAUGUAAAAAAUUGACAGAUAAUAAUUUGCUCGAUGAGAUCCUCAUGCGCCAUCCUCACUUUGGUGGAUACUGAAUAAUCAGCUGUUAUGUAAUACUGAUUAAAGAUAGGUACAACCCACCUACGAAAUCAAACUAAAUUUAAUUUGUAUUCCAUAUGAAUUCAUUUGUAUAACCUUUGAUAUAUAGAAAUGAGCAAUAUUAUUUUAAUAUGUACUAAAUAUCUGUCUAUACUUUAUUUUGUAUUCCUUUGUGUAACCCUCAUUAUGUGCUGUAGAUGUAAACAAUACUGUUUUGAUAUGUACUUAAAUGUCUGUAUAUACUUUAUUUUUUUACUAUUUUUUUUU